AAUUCAGGACAAAGAACAAUAUAUUUGCAAAGCUACAGCAAGUACAUGGGUGCAGGCAGGUAUUAUAAACAUGUCAGUGAUGUCAAACAGUCGAAGCGGCCACGUGCUGCCGCCGCAUGUCGCCGCCGCAUGUGUCACUCGCACUCUAAGCGUUCGACGACGAGCAGCCCUCGCAGUGGUGCACAUUGCGUGGGGAUCGAAUCCUGAUCGCG